AUUGUAAGUUCCUAGAGGCCUCCCCAGCCAUGCUUCCUGUACAGCCUAUGGAACUAUGAGUUAAUUAAACCUCUUUUCUUCAUAAAUUACCUAGUCUCAGGUAGUUCUUUAUAGCAAUGUGAGAGCAGACUAAUACAGAAAAUUGGUACUGGGAGAGGGGCAUUGCUAUAAAGAUACCGGAAAAUGUGGAAGCAACUUUGGAACUGGGUAAUGGGCAGAGAUUGGAACAGUUUGGAGAGCUUAGAAGAAGACAGGAAGAUGAGAGAAAGUUUGGAACAUGCUAGAGACUUGUUAAAUUGUUGUGACUAAAAUGCUGAUCAUCAUAUGGACAGUGAAGUCCAGGCUGAGGUGGUCUCAGAAGGAGAUGAGGAACUCAUUGGGAAAUGGAGUAAAGGUCACUCUUGCUAUGCUUUAGCAAAGAGACUGGUGGCAUUGUGCCCCUGUUCUAGGAAUCUAUGGAACUUUGAACUUGAGAGAGGUGAUUUAGGGCAUCUGGUGGAAGAAAUUUCUAAGCAGCAAAGCAUUCAAUAUGUGACCUGGCUGCUUCUAACAGCAUACUGCCAUAUGUGUGAGCAAAAAGAUGAUCUGAAAUGGGAACUUAUAUUUAAAAGGGAAGCAGAGCAUAAAAGUUUGGAAAUUUUGCAGCCUGACCAUGUGGUAGAAAAGAAAAAUCUAGGAGGAGGCAGGAACCAGAGCACAAGCAGUAGCUGGGUGGGCACCAUGACUGAGAUCACCACCAUCAAGGCAGUGAAGUGCAAGAUCCAGGUUCUGCAGCAGCAGGCAGAUGAUGCAGAGGAGCGAGCUGAGUGCCUCCAGCGAGAAGUUGAGGGAGAAAGGCGGGCCCGGGAACAGGCUGAGGCUGAGGUGGCCUCCUUGAACCGUAGGAUCCAGCUGGUUGAAGAAGAGCUGGACCAUGCUCAGGAGUGCCUGGCCACUGCCCUGCAAAAGCUGGAAGAAGCGGAAAAAGCUGCUGAUGAGAGUGAGAGAGGUAUGAAGGUUAUUGAAAACCGGGCCUUAAAAGAUGAAGAAAAGAUGGAACUCCAGGAAAUCCAACUCAAAGAAGCUAAGCACAUUGCAGAAGAGGCAGAUAGGAAGUAUGAAGAGGUGGCUCGUAAGUUGGUAAUCAUUGAAGGAGACUUGGAAUGCACAGAGGAACGAGCUGAGCUGGGAGAGUCCUGUUGCCAAGAGACGGAUGAGCAGAUUAGACUGAUGGACCAGAACCUGAAGUGUCUGAGUGCUGCUGAAGAAAAGUACUCUCAAAAAGAAGACAAAUAUGAGGAAGAGAUCAAAAUUCUUAUUGAUAAACUCAAGGAGGCAGAGACCCGUGCUGAGUUUGCUGAGAGAUCGGUAGCCAAGCUGGAAAAGACAAUUGAUGACUUGGAAGAUAAACUGAAAUGCACCAAAGAGGAGCACCUCUGUACACAAAGGAUGCUGGACCAGACUCUGCUUGACCUGAAUGAGACGUAGAAUGCCCCAGUCCCACCCUGCUGCUGCUCCUCCCUCUGACCCAGACUCCGCCUGAGGCCAGCCUGCUGGAAGCUGACCUUAAACUGAGGGCUGAUCUUUAACUGGAAGGCUGCUUUCUCCUUUUGCUGCCCCCUCCUUCCCUGUGUCUUUUUCACCAAACUGUCUCUGCCUCUUCUCGGAGAAUCCAGCUGGGCUAGAGGCUGAGCAACUUUGGAAACAAAAUUUAAGGGAAUGUGAGCACAAUGCAUAAUGUCUUUAAAAAGCAUGUUGUGAUGUACACAUUUUGUAAUUACCUUUUUUGUUGUUUUGUAGCAACCAUUUGUAAAACAUUCCAAAUAAUUCCACAGCCCUGAAGCAGCAAUUGAAUCCCUUUCUCACUUUUGGAAGAUGACUUUUCACCUUAAAGCAUAUUCCCCUCUCCAUAGAGGAGAGGAAAAUGUAUAGGCCUGCCUUACUGAGAGCCAAACAGAGCCCAGGGAGACUCCACUAUCAGAAACCUCAUUGCUUUGUACAAAGUACUAGCUAAACCAGAAAGGUGAUUCCAGGAGGAGCUAGCCAAACAACAUCAAAAACAAAAAAUGUGCUGUUCAGGUUUUCAGCUUUAAGAUAUCUUUGGAUAAUGUUAUUUCUAUUUUUUAUUUUUUUCAUUAGAAGUGACCAAAUUAAGAUGGUAAGACCUCUGAGACCAAAAUUUUGUCCCAUCUCUACCCCCUCCCAGUUGCUUACACAAUGGAUCAUGUCCCCCUUAUGUUGAGGUGACCACUUAAUUGCUUUCCUGCCUCCUUGAAAGAAAGAAAGAAGAUCAUGUUUUUGCCACUGAUUUAGCCAUGUGAAACUCAUCUCAUUACCCUUUUCUGGGUUUGAAGCUGCUGUCUCUAGAAGUGCCAUCUCAUUGUGCUUUGUAUCAGUCAGUGCUAGAGAAAUCUUGAAUAGCUUAUGUACAAAACUUUUUAAAUUUUAUAUUAUUUUGAAACUUUGCUUCUUUGGGUUUGUGGCACCCUGGCCACCCCAUCUGGCUGUGACAGCCUCUGCAGUCCGUGGGCUGGCCGUUUGUUGAUCUUUUAAAGUUUCUUUCCCUACCCAGUCCCCAUUUUCUGGUAAGGUUUCUAGGAGGUCUGUUAGGUGUACAUCCUGCAGCUUAUUGGCUUAAAAUGUACGCUUCUUUUAUGUGGUCACUUUGGGGCCGAUUGGGAGAAAGAGAAAUCAAUAGUGCAACUGUUUUGAUACUGAAUAGUGACAAGUGCCUUUUUGAAAUAAAGAACCAGUCCCUCCAAAAAAAAAAAAAAAAAAAAGAAAAACCCAUUUUCUGCAGA